AUGGCUUUCCUACCUGAGGACGGAAAAGGUCGCGACGCCGACCACGUCGAGGCAUUCCCCGGCGCCUCUGCAGCAGCGAAGGACGUCGAACAGCAUCCUGAGAAGGAGGCUCCAGUCUACCGUGACAGCCACGGAUUUGCUCUUGUUCCACAACCAACUGGUUAUCGAGACGACCCUUUGAAUUGGCCGGCCUGGCUGAAGUGGCUUGUCCUGCUCCAAACAUCCUUCCUGGCUUUCCUCGGCCCUUUCAACUCUGCCGUGGUCAAUCCGGCCUUGGUGCCUUUGGCAAAAUUGUACCACAUCCCCGUCAGCCACGCGCCCUAUCAGACCACAACCGUCAUCAUCGUAGUGGGCGUUGCGCCGCUGUUUUGGACCCCAUUGGCAAACAUCUAUGGGAGGCGCCCUGUCUACCUACUUUCGACGCUCAUUGGAAUCGUCGCAACCGUCGGAUCAGGAGUCUCAAAGUCAUGGGGCACGUUGAUCGUCGGCCGUGUGUUUAGUGGACUUGGAGUCGGUGCAGCGAUGGCGCUGGGAGCGGCAAGUGUGAAUGAUAUGUUCUUUCUCCACGAGAGAGGAACCAAGAUGGGGAUAUACACCGUUUUUUUGACCAACGGUGCGCAUGUCUUUCUGACUCUGUACAGCAUCGGCGGCUAUCUUGCACAGGCAGCAAGCGUGCGGUGGUGCUACUUUCUUCCGGCCAUUGUCAACGCGACCAUUUUCGUCUUCAUGAUAUUUGCCCUUCCAGAGUCAUUGUUCUCUCGCGCCGAGAGACAUCUUGCCCAACACCAAGAACGGACUUAUUUCGAGAUGCUUUUCAGCUUCCGGCGGAAUGCCUUGCUUGACCGGCGAUUCCGCUUGCGAGACAUGGCACGGCCGUUCGAGAUGCUCCAAUACCCGUCGGUCACCCUCACGUUUAUCUGCUAUACUGUUACGUUCGCCUUUGCAAGCAUCCUGCCGGCUGUCACUGUGGCCAUCCUGUUUACGAAGACCUACCACUUCAAGUCCGGCGCCAUUGGUCUUAUGCUAGGGCUUCCCUUGUUGAUCGGCUCAGCGUUGGGCGAAUUCCUUUCGGGACCAUUGUCGGACUGGUUCAUGUACAGAUACGCGAAACGCCACGACGGUGAGCGCAAGCCCGAGGCACGUCUUCCGGCAGCGCUCGGCAGCAUCUUGCUGUGUCCGGCCGGCAUCAUCAUCUACGGCGUCUGCCUCCAGCACAAGACUCACUGGAUAGGACCGGUCAUGGGCAUGGCAAUUUCGAGUUUCGGCCUGCAGCUUGUGACAACCGUCAGCUACGCUUAUUGCAGUGACUGCUACAAGCCCCAGUCAGGAGAAAUCAGCAGCCUGUACAACUUUGGCCGCCAGAUCUUUGCGUUUCCCUUGGGAUUUUACGCGUUACCCUUUGCCAACGAGAUUUCGAUCCAGUGGGCCUGGAUAACGCUCGCACUCAUCAUGGCGCUGACCUCUGUUGGUCCGGUGGUUCUGAUAUUCAAGGGCCAGCAGUGGAGGGCAAGAUUGGGACAGCCGCAGUUUCACAAGGAUAUAUGA